AUGCCUCUGUCAAGGCACACGGUGGCCAACGAGUACUCCCUCGGCGGCCGCGACCUCUACAAGCGGGCCGACCAGCACGACCCCGAGGCCGUCCUCGACGGCGUCGCCACCGCCGGCCUCGUCGGCCUCCUCCGCCAGCUCGGCGACCUCGCAGAAUUUGCAGCAGAGGUCUUCCACGGGCUGUAUGACGAGGUGAUGACCGCGUCGGCGCGGGGGCAUGGGCUCGUGCUCCGGGUGCAGCAGCUGGAGGCAGAGUUGCCCCUACUGGAGAAAGACGUCUGUCACAGAGAUUACCUGUACGUUGCUUCUAACAGGGGAGUUGAUUGGCAUGCGAACCUGAGGGUGGACCAUGGGGUUGUGACGACGGGCGACACGCCUCGCUUCAUCAUGGAUUCCAUCAAGCAGUGCCAUGGGCCUCCAAGAUUGUUCAUGCUUGACAAGUAUGAUAUCGGCGGCGAGGGAACGUGCAUGAAGAGAUACUCGGACCCGGCCUUCUUCAAGACAGAUUCCGCGUGUUCCAGAAUGCUGCAGGAAGGAAUUAGAACAGAAAGAAGACCAAUUAGAACCAUGGAGAUCAGGCCGGACCUGCAGAAUGCUGAGAUUUUCAGACCUUCUGAUGGAGCCAACAAUGACUCAAGGUUCAAGACUGAUUUAUCGGGUGAAGCGUUGGAUGAGGUCCCGCCAAGGCGCCAGCGGCUGAAGCACCGACAACUAAACGGGACCGUGUUCCGAAGCUUCAGACCGCAGAUGCAGGACCUUUAUGGAAAGGCUUCACCAGAGGAGAAAACCUUCUCCAUGGAUCGGUCAGAGGUGCAGAUAUCUUUCACCGACUCACCCGACACAAACGCCGAAGAGAGAGAUAUCAUGGUGGACACUUCCAGCAGCACUGAGAAGGGCAAGGGAGGCUACUACGCCACAGCACGCAAGAGGAGGUCGACUUCCCAAGAAACCCCGUCAAGCUGUUCAGCAGGAAGCAGCAAGGGAUACAGCUCUGAAGUUGAUAUUUACGUGGACACACUCACCACAAUGGGGUCUGAAGUGGAGACAGACUCAGAGCACAGGGACCAUGGUGGACAAGGUGCCUUUGCAUCGGCACCGUCGGGCAAGAUGUGCUCUGAUGCUCAGGGUGCCGCCGUCUCCAGGUCUAGUACCUUCAGUAAAAAGGAGGACUCUUGCUCUUCAGAUGUUGGCUCAGCAAACAGAGACGAGGCUGAUCACUCCGAAGGAGAUGUCGCUGUCUGUGUAACGGAGGCCAAGCUUGUUGGUGGUGAACAUGAGAGGACUAGCUCGUUGGAGGAAUUGUUUUCGCAAGAAAAGCCGGUUUCUUGCGAGCAUGAGAGGACUGUUUCCUUGGAGGAACUGCUCACUGGUGACAUACUUCUUUCAGAGCCCGACACAAGGGAAUUAGCCACGGAGUCCAAUAGCAAUGCUAUUGUCAGUAAUGCUACACCCGAUGGUACAGUUGAUGCUACUAAAAGGGCCAAGGGGAACAAUGUUUCGGCCAUUUCCUUCAAGAAAACAGCGAGCAAGAGGUGUGUCGAAAGCAUGGAGCUGUUUGCCUCAAAAGUCGGCAUUCUGCCCAGGAAACUCUCCAAGAAGCAUGACCCGUUCUCUGAUUCUCUCCGUAACAUGGCAAAGGAGCUGCUUGAGCUCAAGUGUGAUGGCACUCAAGAUACUGACUUGUAUGAGUUUGAAGCGAAUGGCGAUGGAUUCGACGUCAAGUGUCGGAAAAUGGCUCACCCUCCUAUUGAAAUCAUGGAGGAGAGUUUCAGGAAGAGCAUUUCUUUUGAUUCACCUCAAGAUGUUGGUUCAAGGGAAUGCCAGCUGGAAGUAGUGGACCAAGAGUCAGACCAUGAUGUCCCAACUGCUGACAGUCCACAAGAUUCAGUGCCUGAUGAAAAUGGUUUUCAGCACACCGAUGUCUACCUGACAGACAUCACAUCACCGAGUCCCAAAAAAGAAGAAGAGGAAGAAGAAGAAGAUGAAGAAGAAGAAGAGGAGGAGGAGGAGGAAGAAGAGGAAGGAUGGACGGUUGCAGCACCUGAUGAGCAUUCAUCUGCUGGCAUGCUCAAUCAUGCAUCAGAGCUUAUUCAAGAGCACACUGAGGAUAUACAUACCGAAGGUGCUUCUGAAAAUGCAUCUGAUAUGGGUGAAGAUUUGAAAGAAGUCUGCAUUUGCGAAGAGCGUGUCAAUGCGGAAGAUGCUGAUGGAUGCAGUGAAUCUGAUGAAUAUGCAUCGGAGGAAGAAAUCACAGAGAACACAGGAGAACAUGCGGUUCCAGAUGAUGUGAUCUCACCGAUUUCAUCCAAGCAAUCUGAUGAUCCUUGCCAAGUAACUCCAUUCACUCUCAAAGAUGCAGAUUUGGCAGCAGCAAGGGAAGGCCAGGACAACUACAUCCCUGAAAUGAAGCAUGUCACCUUGCUGGAAACAGUCGUGGAAACGGGACUACCUAAAGUUGUGACUGAACCAGUAGUCAGCAGCGAGGCUGCCGUGCCAGAUGAUGAACAGUGCUGUCUACAUCCAGAAACUAGUUUACCACAAGAUACUGUUCUUGGUAGCUGUGAACUUCUAGACCAAAAUGAGCAACUGCAACUGCACAGCUCAUCCAUGAUGUCUGCCACUCCAGAUCCAACUGUAAAGACAGGGGAAAUGCAUGAAUUGUAUGAAGAACCGCCUAAUCCAUGCAACAGCAUCAGCACUGACAUUUUUGCAGAUCAAUUGGCUCCUGACUCCACAGAUUUGCCGCUGCCCAGCAUUUCAAGUUUUGAUUGGAUGCUUAGUGGUUUAAUGAAGAAGUCAUUGAACGUGCUUCCUGCUCCAUCAAGUAAUAUAAAUCUACAAGAGAUUAGUUCUUCUGAAGAUACUGAAGAAGCACCACCACUUCCACCUCUUCCGCCGGUGCAGUGGCGAGCGACCAAGCCUCAGACAGGAUCCGCAUCUUUAUUUGCAAAAUUCGGGAGACCACCAAGGCCAAAACCUCCAGUGAAACAGCUAGAAAAUGAAAAUAACUCUGCACCCGGCGAAACAAAUCAAGAAUCUGAAAAUGUUCAGGAAAUAAGCUGGAACAAUGGUUUUAGUUCGCAGAAGGAAAUGGCACAGGCAACAACACUUUGUAGUCAGACUCGGACAGAUCUGUUACCUGAGAGUGAUUCUCAAGAGAAUAAUGUCCAAGAAGGAUACAAAGAGUAUGAUGUGCAGUCUUCUAAUCUAUUUUGCUCAUCAGAAGUCAAGUGCAACACAGACGUUACUUCAGUAGGCGACGACAUCCACGCUUUGAAGCCGCCUGAGCUUAUAGUAAUUCCAGAGGAGGCUUGGUCUGAGCUCGUAGAUAUAAAACCGAUACUGAAGCAGGAGGAAGAGAGAAAACAACAGCUCAUAAAUGGAGUUUCUGGUUGCAGUAGCAUUCAUACCAGUGGUUUGCCAAUUGAAAAGACCACUGUGGAGCAUGAAAGAUUUGACCAAAAGGAGGAAUUGUCAGCAGCAGAUAGCAACACAACUACAGAUUCAGAAGAAAACAAACCAAAUGGGCUUCCUUGUCAAGAUGAUAUUCAGAAUCCUGACUUCUCAGUGCAACAGGAAGAUAAAUCCAAUGACAUUAGGGAGUUCUCUUCGGCAUUAGAAGAGGAACUAGCAAAGUUGCCUCCUCAUUCAGUGCCAGAACCACCUAGAUAUCCUCUGCUUCAAGUUAUUUCUCAUGAUAGAAGCAUGCUAAGAAAGGCUCCAACUUUGGUUCAGCCAUCAAGUAAGCUUUCAGAUGAGAAGAACACAGUGUUGGAUCAGAUAAAGAACAAGACUUUCAACUUGAAACCGGUUGUUGCAAAGAGACCAAAUGUGAUGGGUGGUCCAAGAACAAACUUGCAAGUGGCGGCCAUUCUCGAGAGGGCCAACGCGAUUCGCCAGGCGGUUGCUGAUGACGAUGACGAGGAUAGCUGGAGUGAGUAG